AGUAAAAUUAUGGCAUCGGUAUAUUGUUAGUUCUCGUACGCUAUUGUUCCAGCAUAUUCGUAUUCACAUCAAAUCGAAUUGAUCACAAAUCAGAGAAAUCGAUACCUUAUAGUGCUCGUCGUGCAGUGUAAAAAACUUAACAAAAUGUCUCAAUCUCGUGCCAACACCUCUGUAACAACAUGUGCUCGUUCGCCCCAAAUAAACAUCUCCUUGCUAGAAGCGGCCGAAGACAUUUCCUUCGAAGCGUACAAACAGCCCAAAAGUUCCAACAAUCGGAAGCGCAGCUUCUCGCCCAUUGUGAACUUCAGGUCGCCGGACAUUUCGCCGAUCGCGAUGAUUGAAGUGGGCACUACCUUCCGAGUUCCGAACAGCGUGAACACUCCGGAAGUGAAACAAUCACGCGGUGGCAAAGGGCAAAAGAACGAACCGAAUCGACGUCCCGCCAAGGGCAUCUACAACACGAGCAUCCCCGCUCCGGAGAAGCGCAAAAUGCCCUACAUGAUUGGAACGCCGCUGGCCAAACGUGAACUGGAACAUCGCAUUUCGGUGGCCAACAUUUUGCGGGAUAUGAACCUGGCCAAGUACAUUGGCAUCUUCAACGAUGAGGAAAUCAACUUCGAGGUGUUCCUCACCCUGUCGGAGAAGGACCUGCACGACAUUGGCAUCGACUGCCAGCGGGACAUCGAGCUGAUUCUGGGCAAGGUGGCCGAGUACAAUGCCGGAGCGUGAAGAGCCGUUUCGGUGGUCACGCCUGUAUUACUGUAAGUGGGUAAUGUUUUAAAGAUUUGACCUUAAGUGUGCUUUCUAACCUGGUGUUAGCUUUUAAAGUAUUGUAAACCAUCAAUGUUUUCAGAUAACAAUUUUAUAAUCGAAACAUUUGUAAUGUACUGUAGCUACUAAGAAUAACAAUGAGAAAUAAAGCAAGACAAAAACUGCA